UUUCCGCUGCAGGAGCAGGCAGGGCCGGAGCGAGCGCGGCGGAGCCCCCGCAGCCCUCCGCCCGCCCCAUGGCUUUAUAAAGCGGCUGCUCCCCGGGGGGGGCUGGCGGGGGGGGUCUCUGAGCGCCUCUCCUUCGCUCGUGUAUAUAUAUAUUUUUAUUUUUUUUCGCCCUUUCCCCCGCCCCGGGUUGUCCCGAGCUGGUGCCCCGUUUUUUGUGGACCAUGGAUACGCACACGCGGUGGAAAAGGCGCAGUUGGAUACGGAGCUGCUCGGUGCCCGCUGCCCUGGUGCUGCUGGCUGCCCUGUCCCUCGGCCGGGCAGCUGACCCUGCAGACCUCUUGAAGGUAUUAGAUUUUCAUAAUUUACCUGAUGGUAUAACAAAAACAACAGGGUUUUGCACAAGCAGAAGAUCUUCAAAAGAAGCAGAUGUUGCUUAUAGAGUAACAAAAGAUGCUCAGCUUAGUGCACCGACAAAGCAGCUGUAUCCUGCUUCCCCAUUCCCAGAGGACUUCUCCAUUCUAACCACUGUAAAAGCGAAGAAAGGAGGUCAGUCCUUCUUGAUCUCAAUUUACAAUGAGCAAGGGAUCCAGCAAAUUGGUGUGGAGUUGGGUAGAUCUCCUGUAUUCCUGUAUGAAGACCAUACAGGAAAGCCAGGCCCAGAAGACUAUCCUCUCUUUAGAGGCAUUAACCUUGCAGAUGGCAAGUGGCACAGAGUAGCUCUCAGUGUGCAGAAGAAAAAUGUCACCUUGAUUUUGGACUGUAAAAAGAAGAUAACCAAGUUCCUGGACAGAAGUGACCACCCCAUCAUUGACGUCAACGGCAUCAUCGUGUUUGGAACGAGGAUAUUGGAUGAGGAAGUCUUUGAGGGUGACAUCCAGCAGCUCCUGAUCGUGGCGGACCCCCGAGCAGCCCUGGAUUACUGUGAACACUACAGCCCCGACUGUGACACCGCCAUCCCCGACUCCCCCCAGUCCCAGGACCCCAACCAGGAUGAAUAUUACACAGACGGGGAGGGAGAAGGUGACACCUACUACUAUGAAUACCCCUACUAUGAAGAUGUUGAUGACUCUGUAAAACCAGAAGCCCCCACCACCAAACCUGGCCCUCCUGAGGUGGCUGCUGGAGAGAGACCCGAAACCAAGGAGGAUUAUCCUGCUCCCACGGUGCCACCGGAGAGAGGGAACCCGGGGAAGCCACCGAAGGAGGACGGGACAGUGGAUGAUCCCCUUGUUGAUGAGUACAACUAUGAAACCAUCAACGAGGAGUACUUCACACCCAUGCCCUAUGAAGACAUCAACUACAACGAGGAAAUAGAUCCCCAGGGUGGCCUCACUGAAAACGCCGUGGAAGCCGAGCUCCCCACCAGCACCGUCAUCACCUACAACGAGACCGAUGCUGCUCAAGGAGGAGAUGACCUGGAUAAAGAUUUCACCGAGGAAACAAUAAAAGAAUACGAUGGGAAUUAUUAUGAAAACUAUUAUGACAGGACGGCCUCUCCCGACAUCGGGCCCGGGAUGCCUGCGAACCAGGACACCAUCUAUGAAGGGAUCGGUGGCCCACGGGGCGAGAAGGGACAGAAGGGGGAACCUGCCAUUAUUGAACCGGGUAUGCUGGUGGAAGGCCCACCUGGUCCUGAAGGCCCAGCAGGCCUUCCAGGACCUCCAGGACCAACUGGACCUGUGGGCUUAAUGGGUGACCCAGGGGAGAGGGGACCACCUGGUCGCCCAGGUCUUCCAGGAGCAGAUGGUUUACCAGGACCACCAGGGACAAUGCUUAUGUUGCCUUUCCGCUUUAGCGGAGGAGGAGAUGCUGGAUCCAAAGGACCUCUUGUUUCAGCCCAGGAGGCCCAAGCCCAAGCCAUCCUGCAGCAGGCCAGGCUGGCGCUGAGGGGACCCGCGGGGCCGAUGGGGCUGACGGGGCGUCCGGGCCCCAUGGGACCCCCGGGCAGUGGAGGACUAAAGGGAGAGGCUGGAGAAAUGGGACCGCAGGGUCCACGAGGCAUCCAGGGCCCUCCCGGUCCGGCAGGAAAACCAGGCCGCAGGGGCCGAGCUGGCAGCGACGGUGCCCGGGGAAUGCCAGGCCAGACAGGACCAAAGGGUGACCGAGGGUUUGAUGGCUUGGCUGGUUUGCCUGGUGAGAAGGGAAACAGAGGUGAGCCAGGCCCCCACGGACCCCCAGGGGCACCUGGAGAGGAUGGGGAGAGGGGAGAUGAUGGAGAAGUUGGACCCAGAGGUCUUCCUGGAGAACCUGGACCCCGAGGACUGUUGGGACCGAAGGGGCCACCAGGACCCCCGGGGCCACCGGGUGUGGCUGGUAUGGAUGGACAAACAGGUCCCAAAGGGAAUGUGGGUCCUCAAGGUGAGCCAGGUCCCCCAGGACAGCAGGGUAACCCAGGUGCUCAGGGUCUUCCAGGUCCACAAGGCGCGAUCGGUCCCCCAGGAGAGAAAGGGCCGCUGGGCAAACCUGGUCUCCCUGGCAUGCCUGGGGCAGAUGGGCCCCCGGGUCAUCCUGGCAAGGAAGGUCCUCCUGGAGAGAAGGGCAGUCAGGGUCCCCCAGGCCCUCAGGGCCCCAUCGGUUACCCGGGACCACGCGGAGUCAAGGGAGCAGAUGGAGUUCGUGGAUUGAAAGGCACCAAAGGUGAAAAGGGUGAAGAUGGCUUCCCUGGCUUCAAAGGUGAUAUGGGCAUCAAAGGAGACCGGGGGGAAAUUGGACCUCCUGGCCCCCGGGGUGAGGAUGGUCCCGAGGGUCCCAAAGGUCGCUCUGGCCCCAAUGGAGAUCCGGGUCCUCUUGGUCCUGCUGGAGAGAAGGGAAAACUCGGUGUGCCAGGACUGCCUGGGUACCCGGGCAGGCAGGGCCCAAAGGGCUCAAUCGGCUUCCCAGGAUUUCCAGGAGCCAACGGAGAGAAGGGCACACGGGGGACACCUGGCAAACCAGGUCCGAGGGGGCAGCGCGGUCCAACGGGUCCACGUGGAGAAAGAGGCCCUAGGGGAAGCACUGGAAAACCUGGCCCAAAGGGCAACUCUGGUGGUGAUGGCCCCCCUGGUCCUCCUGGAGAAAGGGGACCACCAGGGCCUCAAGGACCGACUGGAUUUCCUGGACCAAAAGGCCCCCCUGGUCCUCCUGGGAAGGAUGGAUUGCCUGGGCACCCCGGACAGAGAGGAGAAACUGGUUUCCAAGGCAAGACUGGCCCUCCAGGACCCCCUGGUGUCGUAGGCCCUCAGGGUCCAACUGGUGAGACUGGGCCGAUGGGUGAGCGGGGACACCCAGGCCCUCCGGGUCCCCCGGGUGAACAAGGUCUUCCUGGCCUCACUGGAAAAGAAGGGACCAAGGGGGACCCUGGUCCUGCUGGCCUCCCAGGGAAGGACGGACCCCCCGGCUUGCGAGGCUUCCCCGGAGAGAGAGGGCUCCCUGGCCCCAUUGGUUCUCCAGGGCUGAAAGGCAACGAAGGUCCCCCAGGCCCUCCAGGCCCAGCAGGCUCUCCUGGGGAGCGUGGCCCAGCAGGAUCAGCUGGCCCAAUAGGUUUGCCAGGGCGACCUGGCCCUCAGGGACCUCCAGGACCUGCAGGUGAAAAGGGAGCUCCAGGGGAGAAGGGUCCUCAAGGACCAGCUGGCCGGGAUGGCAUCCAGGGCCCCGUGGGACUGCCGGGUCCAGCAGGUCCUGUCGGCCCCCCUGGAGAGGAUGGAGACAAGGGUGAGAUCGGGGAGCCUGGCCAGAAGGGCAGCAAGGGCGACAAAGGGGAGCAGGGUCCACCAGGUCCUACCGGCCCCCAGGGUCCAAUUGGUCAGCCUGGCCCAGCUGGAGCUGAUGGAGAGCCAGGACCCAGAGGACAGCAGGGCCUCUUUGGGCAGAAAGGUGAUGAAGGACCCCGAGGUUUCCCUGGUCCCCCCGGCCCUGUGGGCUUGCAGGGCUUGCCUGGACCACCUGGGGAGAAAGGAGAAACAGGAGAUGUUGGGCAAAUGGGUCCCCCAGGCCCACCAGGACCCAGAGGCCCAUCUGGGCCACCAGGAGCAGAUGGUCCACAAGGUCCUCCUGGGGGAAUAGGAAAUCCUGGUGCAGUAGGAGAGAAGGGUGAACCUGGUGAAUCUGGUGAGCCUGGUCUUCCUGGCGAGGUUGGGCUCCCGGGUCCUAAAGGUGAAAGAGGUGAAAAGGGUGAAGCAGGUCCCUCUGGUGCUGCUGGUCCACCUGGCCCCAAAGGCCCACCAGGUGAUGAUGGUCCCAAAGGCAGCCCUGGUCCAGUGGGUUUCCCUGGCGACCCUGGUCCUCCUGGAGAACCUGGUCCAGCUGGUCAAGAUGGUCCCCCUGGUGACAAAGGUGAUGAUGGUGAACCUGGACAGACUGGUUCCCCUGGUCCCACGGGAGAGCCAGGCCCCUCCGGACCCCCAGGAAAAAGGGGCCCUCCUGGUCCAGCUGGUCCCGAAGGAAGGCAAGGAGAGAAAGGAGCCAAGGGUGAAGCUGGUUUGGAAGGACCUCCUGGGAAGACUGGCCCAAUUGGUCCCCAAGGUGCUCCAGGGAAGCCCGGCCCCGACGGCCUUCGAGGGAUUCCUGGUCCAGUCGGUGAACAAGGUCUCCCGGGAUCCCCUGGCCCAGACGGUCCUCCAGGCCCAAUGGGCCCACCGGGUUUGCCUGGUCUGAAAGGAGACUCUGGUCCUAAAGGGGAGAAGGGUCAUCCAGGUUUAAUUGGCCUUAUUGGGCCGCCGGGAGAGCAGGGAGAAAAGGGUGACAGAGGUCUCCCAGGCCCCCAGGGCUCAGCAGGACCCAAAGGAGAACAGGGUAUCACAGGUCCUUCCGGGCCCAUCGGACCUCCAGGGCCACCAGGAUUACCGGGUCCACCUGGUCCCAAAGGUGCUAAAGGAUCAUCAGGUCCAACAGGUCCAAAGGGUGAAUCAGGUCUUCCUGGGCCCCCAGGGCCUCCUGGUCCUCCUGGAGAGGUCAUCCAGCCACUGCCCAUCCAGGCUUCCAAGAGGACCAGGCGGAACAUCGACGCCAGCCAGCUGGUGGACGACGGGAACGCCGACAACUACAUGGACUAUGCCGACGGCAUGGAGGAGAUCUUCGGCUCCCUGAACUCCCUGAAACUGGAAAUCGAGCAAAUGAAGCAUCCACUGGGCACUCAGCACAACCCAGCACGGACCUGCAAGGACCUGCAGCUCUGUCACCCCGACUUCCCAGACGGUGAAUACUGGGUUGAUCCAAACCAAGGAUGUUCCAGGGACUCUUUCAAAGUUUACUGUAAUUUCACAGCUGGUGGAGAGACUUGCAUCUUCCCUGAUAAGAAAUCUGAAGGAGCUAGAAUUACUUCUUGGCCAAAGGAAACCCCAGGCUCCUGGUUCAGUGAAUUCAAGCGCGGUAAACUGCUCUCCUACGUGGACUCGGACGGGAACCCCAUCGGGGUGGUGCAGAUGACCUUCCUGCGGCUCCUGAGCGCCUCGGCCCACCAGAACAUCACCUACAACUGCUACCAGUCCGUGGCCUGGCACGAUGCCACCACCAACAGCUACGACAAGGCCAUCAGGUUCCUGGGCUCCAACGACGAGGAGAUGUCCUACGACAACAACCCCUACAUCCGAGCCGCCCUGGACGGCUGCGCGGCAAAGAAGGGCUAUCAGAAAACCAUCCUGGAAAUCAACACGCCCAAAGUAGAGCAAGUACCUAUAGUCGACAUCAUGUUCAAUGACUUCGGAGAAGCGUCACAGAAAUUUGGAUUCGAGGUGGGACCAGCUUGCUUCAUGGGCUAAGAGCCACCUGAAAACUAGUCUCCAAAUGAGCAACCUCGUAACCUCAUUGCGCCAUUUAAUUAAAAAAAAAAAAUCUGAAUAGAAAAAAAAAAAAGAAAAGAAGAAUUCCUUGUCACAUGCACAUUGUGAGACUGGACAGCGAUGGGUUAUUUUUUUUGUUGUUUUCGUUUCAUCCCUCAUUUUUCCCGAGUUUUCCUCUGGGACACCUCUGACCCACAGUCACCACGGACGCAGAAUUCCAUGACCGACGGCCGCACAUGUGGCCUGGAGACCUGUCCCUGCUGCUCCAGGGCCACCAAGCAGACCCCACCGCCAUCAGAGACUUCUUCUCCUUCUUCUUCUUCUUCUUGUGAGCAACAGCAAGUGCUUGCCUGUAGAUUGUUGUUUUGUCUGUUCGUUUCUAAGGAAAAAAAAAUGGGAAAAAACUUGAAACUCCUGUGUUCAGCUUGAUGUUGAAGUCCUGGCUCCAAUCCAAAUCCUGCCAAAGCUCAUGAAAGGCAUUUUGUUGUUAUUCCACGAGAUUUUGGAUCAGCUCUAGCAAGGAGGUGUCGUGGCCAAUCCCAGAAAUUUUAGUUAUCUCCAUUGAGUUGCCUAAUUCUACGUUCUCGCAAAAUUUAGCUAAAGGUCACACUGGGCAUCUCUCUCCCAUGUAUUAAAGGUGCUUAUAUUUUUAUAUGUUUGUAAGUAAAUAUUUGUAUUGUAUAUUAUUUUAAAUGUUUGAAUGUUUCUGGCUUCGAAACACGCACGUGACCUUGUGUGUAUUAAACCCACCACCCUUUCCACCAGCAGCCCAGCCAAGCAUCCACCUGGGAAGAAAAACUCUUGUCCCCACUGCCUCUGCCUCUUCCCAACCCUGAGCCAGGAGGGCCUUGGAGUUACACCCAGGAUGACUCUUGGCAGGAUGAGGUGCAAACCAGCCCCCCCAAGCCACGGUUGCCUUUUGGAAGGAUUCACUUCAAAAUUAGGAAAUUAAAGCCACUUUUUAACAAAUUUUCUACAAAACCCUGAUCUAAAAGCAGGAUCUGCUUCGAGUCUCUGCCUUUUUAUGUGCUUGCUUAACAUACAUGUUUUAAAUUAAUUCUUCUUUUUUCCCUUCAGCAUUCUUUUAUAAUAAUAAUUAAAACCAAAUCCAUCCCCAGUGGCAGGUUGCAGCGGCAGGGGAAGUCCAUUUUUGUCCUCUCUGAAUAUCAAGUGUAAAAAAAAAAAAAAGGAAGAAAAAAAAAGGUGCUUUUUAUUAUUUUUACAUGUCUCUGUGGUGCUAUCUGUUUGAUAACUUUAAUACAACACUGGUGAUACCCUGCCACUGGCCAAUCUCCCACCAGCUCUGCUUUUCAGCCACUUUCAGACAGACUUAUAAAUGCAUGUCACCUUUAUAUUUGUUAAGUAGAAGACCCUCUCCUCUCCUUUGUAUCGCAGCAGCUUUUACGUCCGUGCAGAAAAGGUACUAAAUGUGCUUUCUGUUAUUUCUUACAUCUUCUUUUUUCCUUUUUUUUCUUUUCUUUUUUUUUUCCCAAGACUAUCCACACGUUUUUCCCGGUGGUAACCAGAGCAGAUUGUACUCAGUGCUGAACGUUUGUGGUGCUAAUUUAUGUAGAUGUCGGGUGUCCUGACGCGGUGCCGGAGCCGUGUGGGUGCUGCCGGGACUCUGCAAUUCUCUUGCUGUUCCCACAGUGGCUUUUUUUUUCCACGGCUCACAACGUGCUGACACCAUCUUCUUUUUCCAUUUGUUUUUUUUUUCUCCGUGGCCGUUUUCCUCGUUUAGAUCUCUCAGCUGGAAAAAAAUAGAUGUUGUGGGGCGGGGGUGUUUUUUUUUAUUAUUAUUAUUAUUAUUUGGCCUGGAGUGUUACAGCAACGCUUGAACCAAGGGGGAUCUUUCACCAUAAAGGAAAAGACAUCACAUUUACUGUGAAGAAAAGCCUAUAUAUGAUGUCUUUUCCCCCCUCCUUCCCAAGCAGAGAGCAGCAGCAUCCGAGGAAGGGAGGCCAAGCCGUGCUGGAGGGAGCGGCGAUGCCGCGUGGUGCUUUUUGGCCUGGGAGAGCCGUGUCCAUCCAUCUCCCUUCUUCUGGAGUGUUCUCUCGUGGGCUUUGUUUUUUUUUUUUCUUUUCAAUUUAGGAGAAUAAAAGAAUAAAAAGGUGCUACCCUAAAAACUGCAGACUCCGGCAGCAAAGCAGUGAAAAGGAAUAUAUAAUAAUAUAUAAGGAAUUCAGCUUCUCAGUCACCUUGGCAACAGCCUUGUUCAGGAACAGCGGGAAGGUCAGGAAAGGUUGCACAUUCCUCUCUGCAACAGCAAAGCCAUAUAUUGAUGUAUGUCCACACGUGUGCGUCCGUCUAGGUCAUGUGAUUCUGUUAUAAAUUUUCAUCAAGGGAGCUUUUUUCUUUUAUUUUUUUUUCCUUUUAUUUCUUUGCUUUAAGUAAAAAAAAAAAAAAAAAUUCCUCUGUUGAAUUCCACAGUGUUGUAAUUGUACUGAGCUCCAAACUGUUCCGAUUUCCCCCAGACCACUUAGCUACGGUAUAUUGCAAUAAAAUUACUACUUGUAUUUGCAGACCUUCUUUUUGUGUAAUUUUAUUUCCCUCCUCCCUUAAUAUAUAUGACUUGAACAAAUGUUGAUAAGAAAAAUAAAACCUAUGGAAAAAAAAUUUUUUAGUACAUAAGGCCCUUUUUAAAAUAUAGUGUCAAAUGACAUAUUGUACAUUUCUUCAAAGUCCAAUAAACAUGUCAUAAAAUUUAAGUGUAAUGCCCAUAAGAGCUAUUUUUAAAUAUUUUAAACCUGUGUAAUAAAGGAAUAAAUGUAAUAGAUUUUUUUUCAAUAAAUCAAGUUUACUGUUUCCACCUAAA